AUGAGGGUGGAUAUUCUAGGGUGCAACACUGAGUUGCUCUGGGGGCUGACCCUCGAUGAUGCCGGUGCGAGCCAUCUGAACGUUUCAUGGACAGUCGUUGGGAGUCUCCCGAUCUCGCGCUACAGGCUUCACUACCAGCCGGCAGACGGGUCGGGCUCGUCUAAGGACCUCUCUCCCGCACCAGGAGCGGGAGCCACCUCAACAGCCGUGCGGGGACUGCUGGCCCAAACAGAAUACACCCUAACGCUGACUUCUUUUGACCAGGGCAAUCAACAAAACGGAGAAAUCACUGGGACAUUCACCACAGUCUGUCAGAAUCCACUUGGGAUGGAAUCUGGCACCAUACCUGAUGGCAGCAUCACUGCAUCUGAAUACGCGGACUCCAGUCAACUGCCCUACUUCGGGCGGUUAAAAGAAACCAGGGGUUGGGGUGGCUGGGGACCAGGGCACCAAAGAACCGGACAAUGGUUACAGGUCUUUGCGGGCAACACGGACACAAAGACUCUUGUAAUGAACUUACUGGACGACCCCGUCGAUGCCCGUUAUGUGCGCUUCUACCCUCAGACCUGGCACAAUCGUAUCCUCAUGAGGGUGGAGAUUCUAGGCUGCACCACAAACAUUGUCGGCGUUGACGGCGGUUGGACCGACUGGAGCCCGUGGUCUGGCUGUAACGUGACGUGUGGAGUCGGGACGGAGACUCGGGACAGAACCUGCACCAACCCUGCACCAGAGAACGGAGGGGCAGACUGUGAUGGACCAGAUCAGGAGACACGAGAUUGCGACACUGGAGUGUCGUUUGACGGCGGUUGGACCGACUGGGGCCCGUGGUCUGGCUGUAACGUGACGUGUGGAGUCGGGACGGAGACUCGGGACCGAACCUGCACCAAUCCGGCACCAGAGAACGGUGGGACAUACUGUGAUGGACCAGAUCAGGAGACACGAGAUUGCGACACUGGAGUGUCGUGUCCAGUUGACGGUGGUUGGUCUGACUGGAGCCCGUGGUCUGCCUGUAGCGUGAGGUGUGGUGUCGGGACGGAGACUCGAAACAGAACCUGCACCAACCCUGCACCAGAGAACGGUGGGACGGACUGUGACGGACCUGCUCAGGAGGCACCGGAAUGUGAUACGGGCGUGUCUUGUCCAGUUGCAGGAUUGGGUGCAGGAGCUAUUGCCGGUAUUGUUGUCGGAGCGAUUCUAGCCGUGGUUCUGGUAGCAGCCCUGGUGUACAUGUGCGUCUUCCUGAUUCACAAGAAACGGGCUGGCAUGGGUACGGAGGACGGAGGCGUCAGGGACAACGAUGACAGGGUGUAUGACACCAUAGAUGACGCGAAGGUGGCGUCACAACGAACCGGAAUCGGAAGUGACAAGCGCGAGGUUCCCAUGGAAACCCUCCGCCCGCCAGCCGUCCAACCACGCCAGUCCAGUGACAUCCGAUUGGGGCUGGAGCAACGACCCGGAAGCGGAAGUGACGAGUACGAAGUUCCCAUGGAAACUGUCCAAACACACCAGCCCAAUGACCACCACCUGGAACUACAGCAGCGACCCGGAAGCGGAAGUGACGAGUACGAGGUUCCCAUGGAAACCGUCCAACCACUAUCCUAUCAGCCACCACAGCCCAGCCCCUACUACCUGGAGCUGAGGCGAUGA